CUGUACCGACUAGGAGGAGUGAUCAACCAUUCUUUCUCGGGAAAGAAAAAUAUACUACAAGGUGCAAAAACAGGACAUGAUCAAAAAGCGUAAAGACAGUUGCAAGAGAAAAAACAUGAAUGAAUGUAGAGGGCGGAGCCUGGGAAAACCCCUCUGCAACGCCGCACUGAACAAAGCGCUUCGCAUGCCAGAAGGAGGGGGGAAUGGAAGUGCCAGCUCCGGAAGGAGCCUGGAGUGAAUGCGGAGAGCAGCAGGAGGAGGAGGACAGAGCAGGCGAGCGCGGCAGCCUUGAGACUCCUCCUCGCACCAGCCUCGCCGCCGCCCCCUCCCUCUCUAGCCGCAACUCCUGCCGGAGCCCGACCCCGCGGCGAGCCCGAGCCGCCCCGCGCCCCUGCCCACCGCCCCCGAUCCACCAGCGGCGGGCGCGCGCCCUACCCGGAGAGAAACUACCCAGGUGGCCCGGAGUAAACAGGCACUCCGGGCAAAGAACGAAAGGGAAAGCGAGCCACAAAGCCGGGAGGUGCGGAAGCCGCGGCCUGGUCUCCCGCAGCUCCGCCGAGUCCUCCUGCGAGAAGCGGCGGUGGCGACCGGGAGGCCGGCCCUCCGUACCUGCUGGACUCGCAGGACCGCAGCUCCCGCCGCCCGUGCGGCCAGAACCCGCCGAAGUGGCAAGCGGCUCCCGCACGCAGCAUCCCCUCCGCAAGGUCGGCGCCGGCACACGCGCACACACUCACACGCACACCCGCCCGCCAGGGGGAGGUGGUCCCGGCCCCCGCCCCCCGCGCUGCGCUCUCCCGGGUGCAGCGCCCCCACCGCCGCGCCCGGCCCGCACCCCGCCCGCACCCGUCGGGAGCCGCGCUGCACUUGACAACCGGGACACAAGCAAAACCUCCUCUCCCGGCCCAAUCCCCGCCGAGCCCGCUCCAGCAGCCGACGGGCACCAAGGCGCGAGCGGGGCGCGGGAGGGACCGGGUGGGACCCGGCGGGAGAGCGGCCUUUACCUCUCCCGGGUGUCCGUGAGGACGGCUGGCAGCGCGAGGGCGACCAGGGCGAAGAUUCUCAGAUCCCAGGUCCAGCAGACAAGAUCCGCUCAGGUUGGCUGAAAAGUUGACACUGUUGCUAGAAUGUUCAUCCGUAGGAAGUUAAUAUCUCAACUCCGGUAGGAUCUGACUCCAAGAGAUCAGAAGAGGGUCCUGAGGUCCAGCUGCAAAGCAACUUUUGGAGGUAACCCUGAUACUAAUUGCUGAAUCUCUAUUUUGACAUUCUUUUUUAAAAGACAAGAGAAGGAAGCUGUUUAGCUUUCCCCACAGUCAGCUGAAGAUUCUUUCUCAGAUCUGGUCCUCACGCCUAAGUUUUUAUUACACUGUAUACUCAUAUUUGGUUUGCAUUUGUAGCUUUGUGUCCUCUGAGUGGGGGAAUUAAGCUAAAAGCUACUGGUCUACCACCUUUAAUUGAGUGUCCGGAAGUAUCUAGGCACAGUGCCCAAAGGCUGUGGUUUAUUGUUCAGCAAGAAAUUAUUUUAAAGUGUGAUUGUGUGUGAAAGCAAGAUUUCAAGAGAAGAGUAAUUACGUUCAUAGUUUAUAUCUUCUCCAGGAGAGGAGUAACAUUUUAAAAACUUUUCUAACAGCCAGGGAACAUCUGCUUUUAACCUUAAAUUUUAGUUAAUGAGUCCUUCCUCCUUUUUGUCUGUUCUCUCUUAAGUCUGGCAUUGUGGGUCUAGGGCCUGCCAACCAGUUACCAUUGCUGUUCUGAAAUGUACCUGUGCCUGGGAGGUUCCUGCAGGUUAGAUUUUGCUGCUGAGAAAUCUGCUGUUGCUGGCACUGAAUUUCAAUGACUUCCUGCAGGCAAACACCUGGAGGCAAUUACCUGAACUUGCCUGCCAGCAGAUACACAUACAAUUUGGAUGGGGAAACUAUCUGCAUGAAUUUAAAAAGGGGUGGGGGAAAUUCGCUUUGUGUAAUACUUUGCUGUGUCUAGGUUAUCUAGUCUAAGAAUUUGCCUUUGCCCAAUUAUGUGUUAGUUAAGCUGUGGUUUUCCCUCACCAUAGAAUUGGCAAAUAUAGGCUUCAUUUAGCCUCUUUUCUUCUGCCUGGUGACAGAUUCCUUUUCUGUCUUAGGAUAUGGGACAAUGGUAAUGAAGGAAGGAAGAAGGGUCAGUGAUCUACAUUUUAAUGUGAAAUGACAACAUUUUAACUUGUCAUUCUUUAAUAAUAGACCCGUCAUUCAAAAGAAAAAAAAUAUAGGUCAAGGCUGAGGACCAAGUCACAUGUAAAAUGAUAUGAAACUUGAUUGUGAAUAUUUACGCUGACUUUAUAUACCUAGAUAUAGUCUCUGGAGAAAAUUGUUGCAUUGAUCAUUAUUUUAGCUAAGUGCUUCGUCCUUUAACUAAAUCAUAAAUAUUUUUUCAUGUAAAUGUUGAUUUAAAUUACAUCUUCGGAAAUACCAGAAAUAUGUUAACAUUACUGUACUGGAUAAUGCUAAUGGAAUGUAUUUUAUGAUUUUGUAGAUGAGUGCAAUGAGACCAAAUUGUGAAUUAAUUUUGAAGGCAGGCAGACCUCAGGCCUUUCUUAGUGACUUCAAAGUGUCACUUCCUUCUGAUUUUAUUCUAUCCAGGCAAAACUAACCAUGACUAAUAAGCCCUGAAACUUCCUGUCUUCAGCAUAACCAAAACAUCACACAAAUGUCUUUUUUUCCAUUUCUCUCAUUCCUGUUUCUAGAAUCUCAGUUUUAUACUCAAAGUAUCAGCUUUCAUUUUUAUAAUCCUCAUUCGUCCUCCCUCCACCCCACCCCUCCACACACAGUAGUUAAACACAGCUCCCUGGAGCUUUUUCCUCCCUCUUGAUAAUUUAUAACAACCUAGGUCCUCCAAGCAUACGUUCCAAAUUUCUACUCCACAGAUUAUUAAUACUUAAAGCUUCUGGUUUAUUUACACAGAGCUCCAGCCCCUCAGAACUGUAAAUAAAUCAUAUUUUUUUCUGGAAUUUUAGUGUUAUCAUUGGCUACUGCAUUGCCAAACAAGAACUUGACAUUAAGUAAAACAAGACAAUGAACAGAAAAAUCCCACAAAAUGAAACCACCAUGGUGACUCACUAAUGAUUUAAAAUGCUGUAGUGCUUUGUUCCAAGAAUUACUGGUUGAGAAAAUGGUUCACUAACACAGGGCAGCUUUAGCAUGUUGGUGACAUUCCCCACACUUGCCAUUGCCUCCCUCCCUACCCCCAGAUUGCUAGAAUUCUAAUUUGCCAAAUCUGAAAACCAUCUAAACUUUUCCUUUCUCCUUUCUUCUGAGAAUAAAAGUUUUGAAUAAGAAAGGACUUAUCUACCAGUCAGCCUUUGCUGUGUAACAAACAAUAUCAAAAUUCAGUAGCCUAAAAUAAUAAUUUGCUUAGCCUACAACGAUGCAGGCUAAUACUGUAAGUGAACUUCUCUGGACCCUUCUGGUCUUUCUACUGAGUUCAUUUGUUUAUCUGGUUGGCUGUGGGCUUGGCUGGGCCUGCCUAGCAUAAGAUGGCUUCAAUAGGAUUGUCUCAUAUCCUCCUCUAGUCUCUCCCCUGUAGAAAGUGCAAGCCUGACUAUAAUAUUGUUUGUCAAAGCAAGUCACAAGAGAACCAAGUAGAAAAACAGGACCUAAACCUUGAUGGGAGGAAUCAAAACUAAUGCAAACAAAAGGCUAUGCAUUCAGUGAGAGAAACACUGUUUCAGCAUUAUGUGGUUGAGUUUCUAAGCAACCCAUCAUAACAAUCAAUGAUAGGGCAGAGCCAAUUGAAAAAAAAAUUCCUGAAAUGAGUUCUUGGUUCAGAAAAAGGCAACUGAGGUAGAGCAAUAAAGGAAAUCUCCUUUUAUCAUUCACUUUUCUGUUUAUUGAAAGAAACAAUAGACUGUCCAAAAAAAAAAUCUCUAACCUACAUCUCCAGGAUAGCUUUCUGAGCAGACAUACCUAUUACAGAAACAUGUAACAAUCAAAAGUGAAGACUCCUAAACUAAGACAAGUGGAAUGAGAGUGUUGUGUUGUAAUUUCUUACAUUGCCCUUAAAGAGAAUAGAGUGAUUGGGUCUAGACUUUGAUAAGUUAGGUAUAUUUGUUUCUUUCUCGAGACUAACCACUAGAAGAAUAAUCAAAUGAGUAUAACACACUCAUACUAACAGAGGGGAAACCAGAGGAAGGCUCAGAGACUAAGCCUCAAGGGAGGGAAAAGACAGGAAAAAGGAACAUGAAGCAGACCAAGCAGGUAGUCCAACACUCAAUGAGAUGGAGAUUUUGAAACAGAGUAUUAAUAGCUACAUGAAGUAGGGAUGGACUGAACAGCCCAAUUAAAAGAUAAAGACAUCAGUCUGAAUAAAGUGGGGCAGCAGGCAGCCUAAAUCAGACAUACGAUGUCAGGGUACACAUUCAGUUACUGAAAAUGAAACAACAGAAAAAUAUGCCAUACAACUGUCAGCUUCCUGAAACCUGUGUUCCUAGGCCCUUGUCUGUCAAACGAGUCCUUCUUAGAAGAUGUGAAAUGGUACACUUCAAUUAUAAAAUUGUAAUUAUCUAGGAAGAACGUAAAUUUAAACUCACCAUUCAGUAUUGCCUCACAAUAUGUAAAGUACAGUAAGCAGACCACUGAAAAACAGGCUAAUCUCUCCACAUGCUAAGCCAUGCUAAAAGGGGUUUUUGUUUGCUCCUAUGUUUUGUUUUGGUUUUAGCAUGUCUUUUAAGACAGGGCUUCUCUAUGUAGUUUUUGAGCCUCUCUUGGAACUCACUCUAUAGACCAGG